GCAACUUCUGAGAGGCAACAGGCGGCAGGUCUCAGCGUAGGGCCCUUAAGUGCUCUGCUGGAGUGUCCGUCCUGGGAGUGGCUGCUGACCCAGCCCAGGAGACCCAUGCCUGCCAUGGUCCCUGGGUGGAACCAUGGCAACAUCACCCGCUCCAAGGCAGAGGAGCUGCUUUCCAGGGCCGGCAAGGACGGGAGUUUCCUUGUGCGUGCCAGCGAGUCCAUCCCCCGGGCCUACGCGCUCUGCGUGCUGUUCCGGAACUGCGUUUACACUUACAGGAUUCUGCCCAACGAGGAUGACAAAUUCACUGUUCAGGCAUCCGAAGGUGUCCCCAUGAGGUUCUUCACAAAGCUGGACCAGCUCAUCGAGUUCUACAAGAAGGAAAACAUGGGGUUGGUGACCCACCUGCAGUACCCUGUGCCGCUGGAGGAGGAAGACGCCAUCGACGAGGCCGAGGAGGACACUGGAGAAAGUGUCAUGUCACCGCCGGAGCUACCUCCCAGAAACAUUCCCAUGUCUGCUGGACCCUGUGAGGCCAAGGACCCUCCUCUUCCAAUGGAGAACCCCCGAGCCCCUGAAGUCACCCGGCCGAGUCUCACUGAGACGCUGUUUCAGCGACUUCAGAGCAUGGACACCAGUGGGCUCCCAGAGGAGCAUCUCAAAGCCAUCCAGGAUUAUGUGAGCAAUCAGCUUGUCCUGGACUCCGACUUUGUGAAGACGGGCUCCAGCAACCUCCCUCACCUGAAGAAACUGACUUCGUUGCUCUGCAAGGAACUCCACGGGGAAGUCAUCAGGACCCUCCCAUCCCUGGAGUCUCUGCAGAGGCUGUUUGACCAGCAGCUCUCCCCAGGCCUUCGUGCGCGACCUCAGGUGCCCAGUGAACCCAACCCCAUCACCAUGGUGGCCAAGCUCAGCCAAUUGACAAGUCUCCUGUCUUCCAUUGAAGACAAGGUCAAGGCCUUGCUGCACGAGGGCUCUGAGUCUCCCAACAGGCGUUCCCUCAUCCCUCCGGUCACCUUUGAGGUGAAGUCAGAGUCCCUGGGGAUUCCUCAGAAAAUGCAUCUCAAAGUGGACGUCGAGUCUGGGAAACUCAUCAUUAAGAAAUCCAAGGAUGGCUCCGAGGACAAGUUCUACAGCCACAAAAAAAUCCUGCAGCUCAUCAAGUCCCAGAAGUUUCUGAACAAGCUGGUGAUUUUGGUGGAGACAGAGAAGGAGAAAAUCCUGAGGAAGGAAUACGUUUUUUCUGACUCUAAAAAGAGAGAAGGCUUCUGCCAACUGCUGCAGCAGAUGAAGAACAAGCAUUCGGAGCAGCCGGAGCCCGACAUGAUCACCAUCUUCAUUGGCACUUGGAACAUGGGUAACGCACCCCCUCCCAAGAAGAUCACGUCCUGGUUUCUCUCCAAGGGGCAGGGAAAGACGCGGGAUGACUCUGCUGAUUAUAUCCCCCAUGACAUCUACGUGAUUGGCACCCAGGAGGACCCCCUUGGAGAGAAGGAGUGGCUGGAGAUACUCAGGCACUCCCUGCAAGAAGUCACCAGCAUGACAUUUAAAACAGUCGCCAUCCACACACUCUGGAACAUUCGCAUAGUGGUGCUUGCCAAGCCAGAGCAUGAGAAUCGGAUCAGCCACAUCUGCACUGACAAUGUGAAGACAGGCAUCGCCAACACCCUGGGAAACAAGGGAGCUGUGGGGGUGUCCUUCAUGUUCAAUGGAACCUCCUUGGGGUUUGUCAACAGCCACUUGACUUCCGGAAGUGAAAAGAAACUCAGGCGAAACCAAAACUAUAUGAACAUCCUGCGGUUCCUGGCCCUGGGAGACAAGAAGCUAAGCCCGUUUAACAUCACUCACCGCUUCACCCACCUCUUCUGGCUUGGGGAUCUCAACUACCGUGUGGAGCUGCCCACCUGGGAGGCAGAGGCCAUCAUCCAGAAGAUUAAGCAGCAGCAGUAUUCAGAUCUGCUGGCCCAUGACCAACUGCUCCUGGAGAGGAAGGAACAGAAGGUCUUCCUGCACUUUGAGGAGGAGGAGAUCACCUUCGCCCCCACCUACCGGUUCGAAAGGAUGACUCGGGACAAGUAUGCCUACACGAAGCAGAAAGCGACAGGGAUGAAGUACAACCUGCCCUCCUGGUGUGACCGAGUCCUCUGGAAGUCUUACCCCCUGGUACAUGUGGUUUGCCAGUCCUAUGGCAGUACCAGUGACAUCAUGACAAGUGACCACAGCCCUGUCUUUGCCACUUUUGAAGCAGGAGUCACAUCACAAUUUGUCUCCAAGAAUGGUCCUGGCACUGUGGACAGCCAAGGGCAGAUCGAGUUCCUUGCGUGCUACGCCACACUGAAGACCAAAUCCCAGACCAAGUUCUACUUGGAGUUCCACUCAAGCUGCUUAGAAAGUUUUGUCAAGAGUCAGGAGGGAGAAAACGAGGAGGGAAGCGAAGGAGAGCUGGUGGUGCGCUUUGGAGAGACUCUCCCGAAGCUAAAGCCUAUUAUCUCUGAUCCCGAGUACCUACUGGACCAGCACAUCCUGAUCAGCAUUAAAUCCUCUGAUAGCGAUGAAUCGUACGGUGAAGGCUGCAUUGCCCUUCAUCUGGAGACCACAGAGACUCAGCUUCCCAUCUACACGCCUCUCACCCACCACGGGGAGAUGACUGGACACUUCAGAGGGGAGAUAAAGCUGCAGACCUCCCAGGGCAAGAUGAGGGAGAAGCUCUAUGACUUUGUGAAGACAGAGCGGGAUGAGUCCAGUGGAAUGAAGUGCCUGAAGAACCUCACCAGCCACGACCCCGUGAGGCAGUGGGAGCCUACUGGCAGGAUCCCUGCAUGUAGUGUCUCCAGUCUCAAUGAGAUCAUCAAUCCAAACUACAUUGGUGUGGGGCCCUUCGGACAGCCCCUGCAUGGGAAAUCAACCCUAUCCCCAGACCAGCAACUCACAGCCUGGAGUUAUGACCAGCCACCCAAGGACUCCUCCCUGGGGCCCGGGAGGGGAGAGGGUCCUCCCACUCCUCCGUCCCAGCCACCUCUGUCUCCAAAGAAGUUUUCAUCCUCCACAGCCAACCGUGGCCUCUGCCCCAGGAUGCAAGAGGCAAGAUCUGCUGACCUGGGGAAAGUGGAAGCUCUGUUACAGGAGGACCUGCAGCUGACGAAGCCGGAGAUGUUUGAGAACCCGCUGUACGGGUCCGUGAGUUCCUUCCCUAAGCUGGCAGCCAGAAAAGAGCAGGAGUCCCCCAAGAUGCUGCGGAAGGAGCCUCCACCCUGUCCAGACCCAGGAAUCUCACCACCCAGCAUCCUGCUCCCCAAAACCCAAGAGGUGGAAGGUGUCAAGGGGACAAGCAAACAGGUCCCCGUGCCUGUCUUUGGCCCCACACCCCGGAUGCGCUCCUUUACCUGUUCCUCCUCUGCUGACGGAAGAGUGCCCAGCGGGGACAAGAACCAAGGGAAACCCAAGGCCUCGGCCAGUUCCCAAGCCCCGGUGCCAGCCAAGAGGCCUAUCAAGCCUUCCAGGUCCGAAAUGAGCCAACAGACGACUCCCAUCCCAGCUCCACGGCCGCCCCUGCCGGUCAAGAGCCCUGCAGUCCUGCAGCUGCAGCACUCCAAAGGCAGAGACUACCGUGACAACGCGGAGCUCCCCCACCAUGGCAAGCACCGCCAGGAGGAGGGGCUGCUUGGCAGGACUGCCAUGCAGUGAAGUCCUUGGUGAGCUGCUGGCGAUGGGAGCCUGGAGGAACAGCACAAAGCAGGUCAAAGCCUCUCCCAGGAUGCCUCUCCCAGGGCCUCCUGCUAGCUCCUCUUACCCAGCUUCCAGUCCAAGGCUGUGCAUUUUUCAGAAAAGGGCCUCGCUUCUCUGUGGUCCAAAGAGCGUGCUGGCUGCAACACUGGGUGGCAGAUGCCGAAGCUGGGUGGAAAACACUUAACCAUAUGGACAACAGACAGCCACACCCAGGUCUCAGAACUUGGACUCCAGGACCUUCUUCCAGUCACCAUUUUUAAAGAAAGGAACUGAGACACUCGUCUGAGGGUGAAGAUAUAAAUAAUAAUAAUAAUAUUAAUAAUAAUAAUGGUCAGGUGCCAUGUGCUAUGUUAAGUGCUUUACGAACAUUUGUCUGGCUGGCCUCCAGAGCUGAGGUUUCAGUCAACCUGAACCCUGGGCCCUGACCCACCAAUCCCAAAUGGUAGGUCCUGAGAAGUUUAAACAAAGCAUUAAAAAAAGCCAGCAAAACCUAGAGCUAGCCCGGCUCCACUGCAGCGACCUGAAGAAUCUGCAUAACCAACUGAGGGUACAAGGAGCCGGGCCCUAUCUGACUUCAGAGAUGCAAGCUGCUUCAGCUAAGGCUGGGGUUCUGUCACAGGGUUUUCAGUCUGGGGGAGUCAGAGAUCAGCUCCAACUCGACAACGAAGAGAUCUGGCCCCAACCUAAGCCGGCCAUGUCAGACCCCUGCUGAACCCAUGGCUCAGUGCUCCCUGUGCCGCUCUAGGUGGGCAGCUACCACCACACCCUGGGUUGGGCCAAGCACACCCCCAAGUCCCCCCCCCCCCCCCCCCCCCGCAUUUCUGGUGUACUGAGGAAGAAUCGCUGCCACUGUCCCCAAUGGCUGAGCUCUCCAGCCUGCCGUCAGGGAAGGCGAGCCUUGGUCCCAGGCUCUCAAAACAGUGCAGCCUCUUCUUCCCAAGUUGUGUGGCUUGCCCUGUGUCCUUGGUUAUCCCAGGAGAACAGGAUGGUGGUGUCUUUUUUCUGUCUUGCUUUUUGAUGGAUCAGGAUUAAUGUAGGAAACCAGAUCCAGAAUGUGCAGGAAAGCAGGUCUAUCCCCUAUGUUUCCCAGUCUGUGUGACCAAUAAAUUGUGCCUUUCUAACUAGG